AUGCAAGUCCUUUCCAGUCUGGUGCUGGUUCUGAAGAACAUUUGGACACUCUCCUUCCUCUGGGACCUCCUGUGUCAAUUUGCGGGCACUGCCAUCUUCCUCUUCACCAGUCUGGCCUCGGUGGUGCUAUGGCCCCAGCUUCCAGCCUGGGAUGGGAGCCUCUCCAGUCCCACCAGUGAUCAUCAUCUCCAUGCCUUGUCUUCCGAGUUAGACCCAUCCUUUCUCUCGGAUGCCCAGUCCCUCUCCGAGUGCCACCCUGACCCCCUGCAUGUGGGCCUGGCGUUUGGGGCCUCUGUGGCUUUGGUGACUGUGUGCCUGGGUCCUGCUACCUCUGGAGGAGGGGUCCACUUGAACCCAGCUGUGACCCUGGCUCUGGCUGCAGGACUGAGGGUGAGCCCCUGGAGAGCUGUCCUCUACGUGGGGGCACAGCUCCUCGGUGCGCUCUGUGCCUGUGCCCUUCUCAUGGGAAUGGUACCUGCCCCGCUCAGAGGGCAUCUGGGGCUGAACGAGGUAGCCUUGGGUGUCCACCCAUGCCAAGCCUUCUCAAUGGAAACAGCCAUCACCUUUCAGCUGGUAGUCUGUGUCCUCGCCACAUCUCGACCCAAAUCAGCCUUCCACCUCCUGGGUCCUGUAGUGGUCGGCUUGUCUGUCAUUUUGGGAAAUCUAGAAGCGAUUUGGUACACUGGCUGUGGCAUGAAUCCAGCUAGGUCUUUUGGUCCAGCUGUGGUCACUUUAAAAUUGUUGACUAUCUUUCAUUGUGUGUAUUGUGUGGGGCUGUUUGUGGGGGCGUUACUAGCUGGCCUACUACAUGACCUUGUGCUCUUCCCAAGAUGGGGUUUCCCUGGUGACUGGUUGGCUGAGUUUAAGGAACUGUUUCCCAAGGAUCCACUCAAACAGCCCACCACCUUGGAACACACAGUGGAGUAG